CAUAAAUUAAAAAAGAAAAUGUCAAAAUAGAAAAUGGCUGUCAAUUUAAAAGUCAAGUAAACAAGGUAAACACAAAGCUUUAUUGAGCAUUUAAUUUAAUUUAAAUCAUGAGCAGCCGCAAUCCUAAUACUUUAAUGAGUGUGCCGGACGAGCAAUUUGACUAUUUGUUCAAAAUAGUACUCAUUGGUGACUGCGGAACCGGAAAAACAUGCAUUGUGCAACGGUUGAAAUCUGGUAACUUCAUAGAAAGGCACGGAAAUACAAUAGGCGUAGACUUUUCAAUGAAAACAUUGAUAGUGGAUGGGAAGAAAGUCAAGCUUCAGAUAUGGGACACUGCGGGGCAGGAGCGGUUCAGAACUAUCACACAGAGUUACUACCGCUCUGCGAACGGUGUAAUAAUUGUAUAUGACAUCACAAAAAGAUCAACAUUUUUGUCCUUACAAAAAUGGAUUGAAGAAGUCAGAAGGUACACAUCGUCCAAUGUGAUAGUUUCACUGAUCGGUAACAAGUGUGACUUGACUGAUCAGCGAGAAGUAGAGCCGGAUGAGCCUCAGUCAUUUUGCCGUUACGUACCAGAAAUUAUGUUCGUGAUGGAGACAUCUGCAAAGGACAACACUAAUGUUGAAGACACAUUCCGCAGUUUGGCCACAGAAUUAAAGAGGCAGCACGACAACAGUGAGGGUCCGCCCGCAGACUCUGAUGCAGUGGUACUUGGAGAAAGUCACUCAGUAACGAGAUGUCAACCGUGCCGGUCAUCCUAGGUCAAUAGAUUUGAGUAGGUAACCUAGACCAAAUGUUUAUUGUGGCCCUUGCAUGGUGCGUGACGUGGUUAGGUUAGAACGUAGUUAUGCGAAAAUGUUCCUUAUUGACUGUCAUUUGAGUACUUUAUUGUACACUAAAAAAAUUCGGAAAAAUUAUGUUUUAGUUGAAUGUGCUAUUGACUUCGUUUUUAUUAAGAUCUCUUAGAGACAGCCUUUGGUGUAGGUUUCAUUCAGUACGAACCACAAGUUUAUAAAAGGUAACCCAAUAUAAAAAACCCUAAUUUGUCCAGUAAGGUCUUCGAAAAUGUGAUUAUCAUUCGAAUCACUCGUCAGAGUAGAAUAUUUUUGCGUAAUUACAUCGAUUUUACUACAUAUUGCCAUGCAAGUCGCCGUGCUUCUCGUCACAAACAUAGAAUUUUAUGUUUUUGUUUUUUUUCCUUAUUCGUGGUAAUUUUACCAGUGAUAUAAAA